AUUGAAUUGACUAAUUCCUAUAAUCAACCAGGUCACAAGAGAUAGUUUUAUUACCUGGCAUAGACUGUAUACCUAAUAAUAUAAAAAAUGGGACUUGUGACAUUAUGAUUAUUUAAUGUAGGUGGUAAUAAUGGGCGAGUGAUGAGUAUAAAACACAGGUACCUCCAAGAAGAUCAAAACACACCGAGGAACCUGAGGACCAUGAGAGCAUCAGCUUUCUUCUACCUGGUGGCUGCAGCUGCGUUUGCUUGCCCUAUAGCUCACGGUCUGCAGUGUUACCUCUGCCAGUCACCGACCGCUGCUCUGCAAUGUACAACAACCACUAACUGCACAAAUGAAGAGACCUGGUGCUACACAACUGUCUAUGGACCUGCUGCCUACCCCUUCAAAGAAAACAGGAUUGUGGUCCGUGGUUGUGCCAAGGACUGUACAUCUAGUAAUCCCAAUAAUCUGGGCGUGACAAGACCCACCAUCUGCUGCCAGUACGACUUGUGCAAUGUUUUGAGCAAAGCACUGAGGACCGAGCUAGUGACCCGGGAAACCGUACUGCUCGGCAUAGCGGCCAGCACCAUACUCCAACACUGGGCAUAAGAGGACUUCUCCAGGAGAAUGGACUGAAAACACAUAAAAAUGAUCGGUUCACGAUGACAGUUCUUCUACAGUUGUCACCAAAAAUGUUCAUACUGAGCAAGCAGAGAAUCGCCAACCAUAGAAACUUUCAACUCAAAACCAAUGUCUUACAUAAUGACAAUUGACUCUUCCAAACCGAGACCUUCAGCCAGUGUCAGACUGGGGUGCUUAGGGCCCACCAGUAGAACUGAUUCAGGUUUUUUUUGCGUUUUCCUCAUAGU